GGAGGGGGGGACGGAAGAUCUGCGUAAAGGUUGCUUCUCCCGUCUUCGCUUCUAGGCUCCUCAAGAAAAAAAAACCCAACACCUUCUGUCCCGCGGUUCGCCCCUUCCCCCAGGCUCUCUCCGCUCGAUUUCACCACCGUUAUGUGGGAAGCGAAUCCGGAGAUGUUUCACAAAACAGAAGAAUUUCUACCCAAAGCAACAGAUAGUGAGAAUGAUGAGAUGGACACAUCAGAUACCCAGUGGGGCUGGUUUUACUUGGCAGAGUGUGGGAAGUGGCACAUGAUCCAGCCGGAUACCAACAUUCAGUGUUCCGUUAGCAGUGAAGAUAUCGAAAAAAGCUUCAAAACAAACCCUUAUGGCUCCAUUUCUUUUACUACUUCCAAAUUCAGCUACAAGAUAGACUUUGCAGAAAUGAAGCAAAUGAAUCUCAUCACUGGAAAACAGCGCUUAGUGAAAAGAGCCCCCUUUUCUAUCAGUGCAUUCAGUUAUAUUUGUGAAAAUGAGUCUAUUCCUAUGCCACUACACUGGGAGAACGUGAAUUCCGAAGUCCCAUAUCAGCUCAUUCCUUUGCACAGUCAGACACAUGAAUAUAAUGAAGUUGCUAAUCUCUUUGGGAAAACAAUGGAUCGCAACCGAAUUGAAAGAAUUCAGAGAAUUCAAAAUUUAGACUUGUGGGAGUUCUUUUGCAGGAAAAAGGCUCAGCUCAAGAAAAAAAGAGGUGUGCCCCAGAUUAAUGAACAAAUGCUUUUUCAUGGUACCAGCAGUGAAUUUGUGGAAGCAAUUUGCAUUCAUAACUUUGAUUGGCGAAUAAACGGUAUACAUGGUGCUCUCUUUGGAAAAGGAACCUAUUUUGCACGAGAUGCUUCUUACUCCAGUCGCUUCUGCAAAGAUGACAUAAAGCAUGGGAACACAUUCCAAAUUCAUGGUGUCAGCGUGCAACAGCGGCAUCUCUGUAGAACAUAUAAAUCUAUGUUUCUGGCUCGAGUGCUAAUUGGAGAUUACAUAAACGGAGACUCUAAGUACAUGCGCCCUCCUUCCAGAGAUGGGAGUUAUGUGAAUUUAUUUGACAGCUGUGUGGAUGACACUUGGAAUCCAAAGAUCUUUGUGGUUUUUGAUGCCAACCAAAUCUAUCCUGAAUACUUAAUAGACUUCCAUUGAUUCCACUAGCAGACCUCAUUGGUCAGGAAGUGUCACUCUUUCUUGCAGGAAGGUUUGCUCUCCUGUCAUCUAGCCACUAAACAUUAAAGAUCUGAUACUUUUGAAACAGAUUUGAAAAACCAGUGGCCUCCAUAUAAAAAGACAUAUUGA